GUGUGGCAGGGGGAGGGGGCCCUCCGAGCUGCUCCAUCCGUCCGUUUUAUUAGGGACACAUUAAUCUAUAAUCAAAUACACCUCAUAAAAUUUUUAUUGAAAGGCAUAAUAUCAUUACAGAGGUCUUCCACCUGUUUUAAAAACACGACAAGCUGUGAGAGCGUGUGUGUGGGUAUGUGUAGGGAGGGGCUGGGUUUGGGUAGGGAGAGAGGCACAGGGAGAACUCCCCUCCGGCGCCGGGGGCGCGGCUGAAGGCCGUUCUGCCCGGGGCCGAACCAGCCCUGAGUGCCCACGGCUGCUCCAGACUCUGACCGAGGGCUCUGUAUGCCCAGGACGCGCUGCUGGUAGCUCCGAUGGAGCCCGGGAGCUGAGGAGGCGUCGCCGGGACCGGACUGAAAGACCGAGGGCGGCAAGAGGAGGCGAACAAAUAGUCCCCAGCGCCUCCUCCGGCUGCAGUCGGGCGCGUGCUACCAGCGGCCGCCCGGCUGGCCGAGCUUGGCUGGGCCAAGUCCGGCGCCAGGACCGGACCCGCGGGCUCUAAUUGCUGCGCUUCUGUUGAUGAUGAUUUUUUUUUAAUCACAGCAGCCCCCAGUUUAGCGGACUGAUUUACUCCCGGUAUUGGUAAAUAUGAUCACGUGGGCCGCGCGACCAAUGGUGGAGGCUGCAGCCUGCGAACUAGUCGGCGGCUAGGGCGCCGGCGGGGAGCGGCGCGGCGGCGGGCAGUGUAACCUUGGGUGGAGCGCGCGGCGCCGCAAAAUGUCCUCCAGUGGCACCCUCAGCAACUACUACGUGGACUCGCUCAUAGGCCAUGAAGCCGACGAGGUGUUCGCCGCGCGCUUCGGGCCGCCCGGGCCCGGCGCUCAGGGCAGGCCCGCAGGUGUGGCCGACAGCCCGGCCGCCGCUGCCGCCGAGUUUGCCUCGUGUAGUUUUGCCCCCAAAUCGGCCGUGUUCUCCGCCUCGUGGUCCGCGGUGCCUGCCCAGCCCCCGGCGGCGGCGGCUACGAUGAGCGGCCUCUACCACCCGUACGUGCCCCCGCCAACCCUGGCCGCCGCCGCCUCCGAGCCCGGACGCUACGUGCGCUCCUGGAUGGAACCGCUGCCCGGCUUCCCGGGUGGCGCGGGCGGCGGCGGCGGUGGCCCCGGCCCCGGUCCCAGCCCCGGCCCCGGCCCCAGCGGCCCACCCAACAGGCGCCACUACGGGAUUAAGCCUGAAACCGGAGCGGCCCCGACCCCUGCCGCCGCCGCCACCUCCUCCUCCACUUCUUCGUCUUCCUCCAAACAGACUGAGUGCUCUUCGGCCCGGGAGUCCCAGGGGAGCGGCGACCCCGAGUUCUCGUGCAACUCGUUCCUACAGGACAAGGCGGCGGCAGCAGCAGCUGGGGGAACCCGGCCCGGGGCAGGGAUUGGGGCCGGGGCGGGUUCUUCGGAGCCCUCGGUUUGCAGCGACCACCCGAGCCCGGGCUGCCCGCUAAAGGAGGAGGAGAAGCAGCAUCCACAGCCGCCGCAACAGCAACUUGACCCAAACAACCCCGCUGCAAACUGGAUCCACGCUCGCUCUACCCGGAAAAAGCGCUGUCCCUACACCAAAUACCAGACUCUGGAGCUGGAGAAAGAAUUCCUCUUCAACAUGUACCUCACCCGCGACCGGCGCUACGAGGUGGCAAGGAUUCUAAACCUCACAGAGAGACAAGUCAAAAUCUGGUUUCAGAAUCGUAGGAUGAAAAUGAAAAAGAUGAGCAAAGAGAAAUGCCCCAAAGGAGACUGACCCGUCACAGCACCAGUGGGGCCGCUCUGCUUUGUAAAGGCAGUGUGGGGGGGGUUUCUUUGUGGGUGCUUGAUUUCCAGAAACUCUCCAGCGGUUCAGACAUUCACCCCUUUUUUAGGUAGAAGUGACUUUGUGGUUGGUCUCUGUGAGGUAUUUGGGGUACUCUGUAUUUGCUCAUUAUGUGUUGGAGAAACCAAGUGGCUUUGGGGUUUUGCCCUGCCCUGCACCCUUCCUUUCCUGCCCGGUUGGUUCCUUAGGAAAUGCUGUAUUUUGUGAGUGCACGCUGGCUUGAGCAGCCUCCUCCUUUGUAAAUGUCCUCCACGUUUCUGAAAAGUGCUGUAGUUUAGCCCCUAGUGCUGCUCAAGCAGGGGCCACACGAGCCCCACUUCUGAGAAUAAAGGCAGAGCGACAACAGUGUGGAGGCCAGAAGAAGCCCGGCCGGGUGGCCCAACGGUUAUGAAAGCUCCCUUUCCUCAGGGAGCCUCAAGGCCCUCGACUGAGACCUGGAAGGAAGCUGAAAGAGGAGCCCAGGUCCUCUAGGGGUGCGGCGGAGGGGGGGGGUAUUCUCAGUGCUCUGGAGGAACCACUGUCUCUGGGAGGGCUCUGCUCUCUUAGGCAGCCGCAGGCGUAGGCGCUCCGGUUCCUGCCUGAGGACCAGUUGUAAAUGUUACCGCUUCCUACCAAUAAAUGCUGACCUGAUCAAAUGAGCCCAGACACUGGCCCUGAA